AGCCGCCCUGCGGGGACUGUGACUGGCAGGGGGCGGGGAGGCCUCGAGGCGCGCGCGACCGCCGACGCACGCGGCGCGGGUCGGGGCCCGAGCCCGGCCCCGGUGACGGCCGCCGCCAUGUCCCUGGGCAAUUACAGCAGCUUGAACCGAGCCCAGCUCACCUUCGAGUACCUGCACACCAACUCAACUACCCAUGAGUUCUUGUUUGGUGCCCUUGCUGAACUUGUAGAUAAUGCCAGAGAUGCAGAUGCCACGAGAAUAGACAUUUAUACUGAGCAACGAGAGGACCUAAGAGGUGGAUUCAUGCUGUGUUUUUUGGAUGAUGGAACAGGAAUGGAUUCAAAUGAAGCUGCCAGUGUUAUCCAGUUUGGUAAAUCAGCCAAGCGAUCACCGGAGUCAACUCAAAUCGGGCAGUAUGGGAAUGGCUUGAAAUCGGGUUCCAUGCGGAUUGGGAAGGAUUUUGUCCUGUUCACGAAGAAAGACAACACCAUGACUUGUCUCCUCUUGUCACGGACAUUCCAUGAGGAAGAAGGCAUCGAUGAGGUCAUUGUUCCCCUGCCCACCUGGAAUGCACGGAGCCGUGAACCUUUGACGGACAACAUGGAGAAGUUUGCUAUUGAGACGGAGCUCAUUUACAAGUAUUCCCCUUUCAAAUCAGAACGGGAAGUGAUGGAGCAGUUCAGUAAGAUACGUGGUGAGAAAGGCACCCUGGUGAUCAUCUUUAACCUCAAACUAAUGGAUAAUGGAGAACCAGAGCUGGAUGUGACUUCUGACCCACAAGACAUUCAGAUGGCAGAAACACCCCCUGAGGGAACCAAGCCGGAGCGCCGCUCCUUCCGUGCUUAUGCUGCUGUGCUUUAUAUCGAUCCCAGGAUGAGGAUCUUCAUCAAUGGACACAAAGUGCAAACCAAACGACUCUCGUGCUGCCUCUAUAAGCCAAGGAUGUACAAAUAUACUUCAAACCGUUUCAAGACCCGUGCAGAGCAAGAGGUGAAGAAAGCAGAGCACAUGGCAAGGAUAGCAGAGGAGAAGGCUCGUGAGGCAGAGAGCAAAGCCCAUGCCCUUGAGCAGCGCCUUGGAGGGGAUCUCACGCGGGAGUCCAGGGCGACGCUGCGUCAAGUGCAGAACUCAGCCAUCACCAUGCGGCGGGAGGCCGAUGUCAAGAGAAGGAUUAAGGAUGCAAAGCAGCGGGCACUGAAGGAACCCAAAGAGCUGAAUUUUAUCUUUGGGGUGAACAUCGAGCAACGUGACCUGGACGGCAUGUUCAUUUAUAACUGUAGUCGGCUGAUCAAGAUGUAUGAGAAGGUGGGCCCGCAGCUGGAGGGCGGCAUGGCAUGUGGAGGGGUGGUAGGUGUGGUCGAUGUGCCCUAUUUGGUUCUGGAGCCAACCCAUAAUAAACAAGAUUUUGCUGAUGCCAAGGAGUAUCGACACUUGCUGAAGGCCAUGGGAGAGCAUUUGGCUCAGUAUUGGAAGGAUGUUGCUAUAGCCCAGAGAGGUAUCAUCAAGUUCUGGGAUGAAUUUGGUUAUUUAUCAGCAAAUUGGAACCAGCCUCCGUCUAGUGAACUGCGCUACAAGCGCCGGAGAGCCAUGGAGAUCCCCACCACGAUUCAGUGCGAUGUAUGUCUGAAGUGGCGGACUCUCCCGUUCCAGCUGAGCUCUGUGGAGAAGAACUACCCUGAUAGCUGGGUGUGCUCCAUGAACCCUGAUCCUGAACAAGACAGAUGUGAGGCUGCAGAGCAGAAACAGAAGGUACCACUGGGAACUCUGAAAAAAGACCCAAAAUCACAUGAGGAAAAGCAGAAACAACUGUCAGAGAAAAUCCGCCAGCAGCAGGAAAAACUGGAAGCUCUGCAGAAAACCACUCCUAUUCGAUCUCAAGCUGACUUGAAGAAACUGCCUCUGGAAGUGACCGCACGACCUUCAGGAGAGCACACUCGACCUCAGCGCCCACGAUCUCCUCCUUUGCCUGAUGUAAUCAAGAAUGCUCCCAGCAGACCACCAGGAUCUUCCCCUCCUCCCAAGUUCAGCAGUCAGCUGAAAAAGAGCUCUUCAGAUUGUCCGAAUACCAGCUCUUCCAAGCUGGCCAGCAUGCUCUUCACAGAGGAGGCCAGCACUUCCAGGACACACCAGAACACUGUGACAUCUGGGAAGUCUAACAGCACUUUAAAAACUCUUGCCAAACCAGGUACAGCCAUGAAGUCUCUCUCUGCUGGCCUGCAGAGCCCUAAAAGCCCACGUGAGACACCCAGUCCAAAAGCUGCCAAGGUGCCAGCAGUAAAGAAAUCUGCCUCUGGCAAAUGCUCACAGGCUUCCAGCACUCGGAAGAGGACCUUGAACAUCCCAGAGAAUGGAUCUGAAGAGGAGGGGGAGCACAAAAAGGAGAGGACAAAACGAGGAAAAUUUGUGGCAGUGAAAGAAGAGAAGGAUUCCAAUGAGGUGGUAGUGGAGCUAACAGACAGUGCUGGAGAGGAAGAGCUGGUGGAACUGAAGAAAGCUCAGAAAGAUAAGGGGCUGCACGUGGAGGUGCGUGUGAACAAGGAAUGGUUCACGGGCCGUGUCACAGCUGUAGAAAGGGGCAGACAUGCGAUCCGGUGGAAGGUGAAGUUUGAUUAUGUCCCUACAGAUACCACACCACGGGAUCGCUGGGUAGAGAAGGGCAGUGAGGAUGUGAGGCUGAUGAAGCCUCCCUCUCCUGAGUACCAGGCUCCAGACACACAGCAAGAAGAAGAGGUGGUUGUGGCUGAACCCUCUACCUCAGACUGCGUCAGAAUUGAGCCUGACACCACUGGUCCCAGCAGCAGCCAAGAAACAGUUGACCUUCUAGUCCAAAUCCUUCGGAACUGCUUGCGGUACUUCUUGCCUCCAAAUUUUCCAAUCUCCAAGAACGAGCUGAGUUCCAUGAGCUCGGAAGGCUUGUUGGCAUUUCCCUUGAAAGAAUAUUUCAGGCAGUAUGAGGUGGGUCUGCAGAACCUGUGCAAUUCGUAUCAGACACGCGCUGAUGCCCGGGCCAAAGCCUGUGAGGAAAACCUCCAGAACUCAGAGAGGAAGCUGAGGGAAACAGAGGAGAAACUACAGAAACUGAGGACUAACAUCAUGGCCCUUCUACAGAAAGUGCAGGAGGACAUUGAUAUUAAUACAGAUGAUGAACUGGAUGCAUAUAUUGAGGACUUGAUCAUGAAAGGAGAUUGAGCAGCCCCAGUAUGAGUCCUGAAGAAGUACACAGGAGCUGGCUGCUGCAGUGGGAGAUGUGGAUUCCUGCAGGAGUGGCCUGGGCAACUGAUGACAGAAGAGGGUUUUUAAGCAGUGCUCCUGUUGGUGUGCAACUUGUUCCUAUGACUGUACAUGAAAAGCAUUUGUGCUGUUGGCAGGAAAAUUUUUGACAUUGUACUUCUCUGAAUCUCUUUCUUUUGCUGAUAAAUAUUUAUUUUUAAAAGAAAUGGGAACUGUGCCUGAUACGAUGGGUGGGUUGCGUGUUUUUAGCAAUGUAAAAGUGUGAGUGCCCUUCUUGCAUCUAAACCUGCAGUUUUAGAUGCAUCCUGCCUAGCAGGUUGCCUACAGUAAGAACCUGGCAGCAACUAAAAAAUAAACCUUGAGUUCUGGCAGAGAAGGUCAAGACUUAGACGUGGAAGAUACUCAACUUGAGGUAGAGAAAGCCAAGCCAUGAAUUUGAGCAGUUGAAAGGAGAUGUCCCUGUAUGAGCAUGAGUGGAGGGAAUGGAACCUCAGUAGAUCGGGGGGGAUUGGCGCUGGCACAUUCCUGAACAGGAAGUCACCAUAAGCUGGUGGAACUGCCACCAUGCUAACAGCCAAGAGACUGAGGAGAGGAUGGCCUCCUGGGCCAUCACCGUGGGCUGUGAACGUCAAAGGGAGAACACUGGAGUUUGGGUUCUCUGCUUACAGUCACCUUAUCACACACUGCUGCUGCUGUUUCUUUGAGACAUAAUUGCAACAUCAGAAGAACUUGACCACCUGACAAUAAAGUGACCCCUUUCUGUUGUCACCUCCUCAGGUGUGUGUUGCUUUGGUCAGCUUGCACUUCCGGGUAAUUUUAUUAUUAAGGUGCUAGAAUCUGGAGCCUUCAGAGCCCUACACCACUGAGUGGCAUCUGGCCCAGUGCCAGCAGCAAGGAAAACACCUGUCCUUUGCCCUCUGGCUGCAGCCAGCUCCUGACAGGCCACUUGUGGCCAAGGGGACUCAGUCUGAGUUUGCCAGCUGGUCAGCAGGUUCUCAGGCCUGCUAGGACAAGGUGGCUGUGGACUCACACUCAGAAAUGAGUCCCCUGCCAGCCAGACACCUGGAGGCACAUGGUGUGAGCAAGAGCUGCCUACCAUUGAGGGGUCAGGUGGAAUGGGCCUUUGGGGUUCACUUGACAUCUGGAUGUGUAAUAGAUGUUUUGCAAAAACCCUUUCAAAUUAAAUGUCUGUUGCACAGAAAAUCAUUAGCACUAAUUGUUUGUAGUCCUGAAGAUGUCCUGAGUUCUACAAACCACAGGAGAGAGGGAAGGCUUUUGCUCAUUACCUGAAUUCCAGGUGCUUGUCAUGGCAUAGUGAAACUGACUGCUUCCAUCUGGAAUUUGGGCCCAACAUCCUUCAGUUUACAAAGGUAAGGAGCAUCCCCCUGUCCCUGCACACCUUCCAUCACAGAGAGGCAGUGUUCCUUAGCUGGAGGAGCAGGCUCCACUGGUGUCCAUUUCCUCACACAUACUGGAGGUUUGUUAGUUGUGGUGACAGACUGAUGCUUCUGAUGAAAAUAAUCUCUCUGGAGAAGCUGCAUUUUUUAUUAAGGUGAAAGAAGAAAUCUUUGUCCUUCCCAGGAGCCAGCAGACAUUCUAGAGAACCAAGUUUCAUUGGAUGGCAGUUCAGAGCAGCUUCUAUAUGCAAGCUUUAAUCCCUGACACUCAGGGGGCACCAAAAUGGGACUAACAGCUCUUAGACAGUUCUUGAGCUUCCAGCACAAGUUUGAUUCUCUACUUCUGCUCCCCUGUUAGGAAAGUGCUACUCUGGGUUUUCCCCUCUGUUUUAUGUAACUUCUCAUUUCCAGUUUUAACUCUUGUUUUUUAUUACAUUUCAUGUUUUGGAUCUUGUUCCAAGGUUUUUUUACUAGGAAAAGCAAGCUGAGAAUUUUUAAGUGCCAAUAAAACAACCUUUUCGUUCUCCAACUCUUCGUGGAAAUCCUUCUCUGCAAUCCUUCUCUUUUUCAUGUUUUUGUUUUUGUAACCUUGUUUAGCAGAUCUGUGUGUAACAUCAGUAGCAUCUUUAAAACCCAUAGGAUCAGAAUGCCUCCAGCAGGGAUCCAAACUGCCAUCUCCCAGCCCAGUGUACUCCAAAGCUGUUACCAGGUUGUUCAGGGCCUUUUCUUCUAGAGCUCUUAGAAUCAGUAGUGGAGGUUGUUCCACAGCUCUGCACCACACACUUCUCCUGCGGGUGUUCUUCUGUGGCAUAACACAGGGCUGUCCCUGUCACUUUUCAAAGGCUGUUUCAGCUGCCAUCGAGAACCCUCCCUGCCGCACUGCCAUGACAUCUCUGUGCUGUGAUUAAGCCUGUCAAUACCUCAGCUGUUCACUCAGUCUUCCUCUUCACUUCCAUCUGUUUCUUACAGCAGAAAUGCAAAGGAGGACAUUGUUGUAGUUAAUAAAGAGACCUUUUUUAACAUGAA